AUGAACAAUAUUGAUUCUUUAAAGGAUCACAAUAAUAACUGGAUGCAUACUAGGGAAGAAAUCUCACAAUAUCUCACUUCUCAUUUUAAGGAUAUAAGUACUUCUACUGAUAUCAAUAUGGAUGACAGCUUAUUCAUGCUUAUUCCUUCCAUUAUUACUGAGGCAGAUAAUUCAAUGCUUACAAGAAUUCUUUCACAUCAAGAAAUACAUGACACUGUAAAGAGUACGGAGAACUGGAGUGCUCCAGGCCCUAAAGGAUUCCAAGAAGGUUUUUAUAAGAUUCAAUGGAGCAUAAUUGGUGAAGAUAUUUGUCAGAUGAUCAAAAGAUUUUUUGAAACAAAGCACAUUCCUAAGCAGAUCAAUAAAACAUAUAUCUCUCUCAUUCCUAAAAAGAAGAAAUCUUUAUAUGCUGCAGAUGAUAGACCAAUUGGUCUAUGUAAUACUUCUUAUAAGAUAAUAUCAAAAAUCAUUGUGAAUAGAUUAAAACCCUUAAUGGAAAAAAUUAUUUCACCAUAUCAGGUUGCUUAUGUCUCUGGAAGGCUCAUUAGUGACAACACUGUUAUAACACAAGAAAUAAUACAUUUUAUGAAUAAGAAAAGGGGACAUAUUGGUUGGAUGGCCUCAAAACUAGACAUGUCAAAGGAUUUUGACAUACUAGAAUGUAAGUUCUUACUUAAAGUGCUCAAGUAUUUUGGUUUCAAUGAAGAUUUUUGUGAUCUGAUAAAUCAAUGCAUAAGCACUACUUCUCUUGCUGUUAUGCUGAAUGGUUCACCUUGUGAGGAAUUUUAUCCAAAAAGAGAUGACUGCUUGAUUUUCACUCAAGCAACAACUAAUUCAGUCAACAAUUUACUAAAUCUUCUUCAUAAUUUCAGCACUCAAUCUGGGCAGGUGAUAAACUUUGAGAAAUCUUCAGUUCAUUUCAGCAAAAGAACCAAUCCUGAGGUGGCAGCUAAUCUUAUUCAAAUGCUUGGAGUGAAAACUAUGAACACUAAGGAAAGAUAUAUGAUGGGUACUUUUAAAAUACCUAAUAACAUCAUCAAGAAGCUAACAACAAUUCAGAGGAAAUUCUUUUGGGGUUACAGUUCCAAUAGAGGCAAAAAUCCUGUUGCUUGGCUCAAAGUUUGUAAACCUAAAGAAUUUGGUGGUUUGGCUUUUAGGGAUCCGGAAAUGCUAAACUUAGCACUGCUCACUAAACUGGCAUGGAUACUAUGCACUGAAUCAGAUGCAUUGUGGUCACAAAUUAUGGGUAGUAAAUACUUCAGAAAUGGUGACAUUUUACAUCAACAAAUUAAAGCAGUAAAUGGAUCUUAUACUUGGAAUGGAAUCACCAAAGGUCUACUGAUACAAAGUUUAUAUCUUGAUACAUCUAAGGAAGACAAUAUGAUAUGGAUGCCAGCAAAGGAUGGAAAAUUUUCUGUUAAAAGUGCUUAUAAGAAACUCACCAUGGAAAAUACAGAGAUUACAGUUGGUGGCAGGGUUAUUCAGAGAAAAGUAUGCAAGGCGUUAUGGAAGAGUAAACUCGCGCAUAAGAUAAUUUUUUUUGCUUGGAACUGUUUACAUGAAGCACACUUCACAAGACUGAAGCUUGCAUUAUAUAACGAAAGUAUUGAUACACAGUGCGCUACAUGUGGAUCUGAAGCUGAGAUAAUGGAGCAUAUAAUUUUCAGUUGUGCACAAGCUAGGAAAGUGUGGAACCUUGUUGAUGUUGAUAUUGAUGAGGCUCUUAACACUCAUCAUAGCGUUUCAGAAUGGGUUGAGAAUUGUCUAAUGUCUCAUACCCAUAAUGCUAUCAUUCCUAGAAUUUCACAGUGGAAACCUCCUUUGCAGCAUUUUAUGAAAUUCAAUGUUGAUGCGUCUUUUGAUUACAACACUAACACAAUUGGAACUGGUGUUGUCUUACGUUCUCAUUCAUCCAAUUGCGAAGGAAUCAAAGGGACUUAUGCAGAUGGACCACUAAAUCCAGAGAUGGGAGAAUGCAUGGCAAUUCGAGAAGAUUUGACGUGGGCAAAGGAAGAACACUUCACAAAGAUCCAUAUAAAAGCUGAUGCGAAACUGGUCAUUUAG